GCGGGAGCCGGCGGCGGCGGCGGGGCCCGGCGCGGAGGGCGGCGAGCCGGGGCUGAGCUUCACCGCGACCGACCUGAACCUGGUGGAGAUGACGGAGAUCGAGUACACGCAGCUGCAGCACAUCCUCUGCCCGCACGCGGAGGCGCAGGCGGCCGACGGCGAGCUCGAGACGCGCCUCAACUCGGCCCUCUUCGCGGCGGCGGGCGGCGCGGGCGCGGCGGGGCUGGCGGCGGGCGCGGCGCCCGUCUACCCGGUGCUGUGCCCGCCCGCGCUGGCCGCGGACGGCGGCUUCGCGGGCUCCGCGCCGUGCCUGGGCCACAUCGACUUCCAGGAGCUGCGCAUGAUGCUGCUGAGCGAGGCCAGCCUGCCGGUGGCCGGGGCCAGCGCGGCCGAGAAGACGCCGGGCGGCGGGGCGGGCGGGGGCGCGGAGGCGGCGGGCGCGGCGCGGCCCAGGGCGGCCGAGGGCGCGGGCAAGGAGGGCGCGGCGGGCGACGGCGCGCCCGAGGCGCGGGCCAAGCCUGCGGUGCGCGUCCGCCUGGAGGAGCGCUUCAACAGCAUGCCGGCCGAGCCGCCGCGCGGCCCCGAGCCCCCCGAGGCGGGCGUGGCGCUCAGCAAUUUGGUGACCCUUAUCCGCCACCCGUCUGAGUUAAUGAAUGUUCCUCUUCACCAGCAACAAAACAAAUGCACAACGUUAGUGAAGAAUAAAACUGCUGCCUCCACGACGGCUUUGCAAUUCACAUACCCACUGUUUCCUACCAGCGCUUGCUCCGCGGGUGGCAACGCUGAUCUUUCGCAGGCACAGAGUUCUGGUAAUUCAUGUUCUAUUCUUGAGGCUGCCAAGCAUCAGGACAUGGGAUUACCUAGGGCCUUUUCUUUCUGUUAUCAGCAAGAAAUUGAAUCCACCAAACAGACUUUGGGUAAUAGAAACAAAGCCCUUCCGGAGCAGGUUUGGAUUAAAGUAGGAGAAGAAGCGCUAUGUAAACAAGCAAUGAAUAAGAGGAAUCGGAGUAGAAUGCGUCAGUUGGACACAAAUGUAGAACGAAGAGCCCUUGGAGAAAUUCAGAAUGUGGGUGAAGGCUCAGCAGCCGCCCAGGGCGCCUGGCAGUCGGCGGAGCCCUCGCAGUCCAACCUGGGGGAGCAGACCCAGAGCGGGCCGCAGGGGGGACGGUCUCAGCGCAGGGAGCGGCAUAACCGGAUGGAAAGAGACAGAAGGCGCAGAAUCCGCAUUUGCUGUGAUGAGUUGAAUCUUUUAGUCCCGUUCUGCAAUGCCGAGACGGAUAAGGCGACGACUCUUCAGUGGACGACAGCGUUCCUGAAAUACAUCCAGGAGAGACACGGAGACUCUCUUAAAAAGGAAUUUGAGAGUGUGUUCUGUGGAAAGACUGGCCGAAGGCUCAAGUUGACCCGACCAGACUCGCUGGCGGCGUGUCCCACGCAGGAGGCCCUGCAGAGCAGCCCGGCCAUGGAGCUGAAGUGACUGAGCCGAGGUGCAGCCCACGGAGAGCGUGGCUUCCGGACACACCACGGACACUGUCCGCAGCCCUGGAGCCCCGCGCUGGCCGUCCCCCCACACCGACUCGGCUCCCGCUGAGGGGCUCUGGCAGGGACUCGGGAGCACAUUUUGUGAAAAUGUCUGUCUAGAGCAAGGCAUGUGUCCAUCAGUGUCCUCUCAGACCACCUGGGGAUGAAGACCUCUUGCCAACAAUUAGUAAGUACUUUUCCAAUUAUCUGUCUGAUUCCAUCACGUUUUCUUAACAUGAUAACUUCAAAAAUUAACAUCCUUUGUAAUUUGUUUAGUCUUAAAAGGUACAUUGCUUUUCAUUUAUUUUCUUUAUAUUUUAAAUAUGCCCACUUAGCAAUUGGAACAGGUUAAAUUGUUUUUAACUACAAGUAGUUUGGAAAUUUUAUUUAAUUGCUGUUAUAUCACUCCCCUUUGUAACUCUUUCAUCAUAUGGUACUGUUUUGCAAAAUGCAGUACUAUUUUAAACUUUUUUGCUAGAAAUUUUCCAGAGACUUCUUUUAAAGCUGCUUUUGUCCAUAAAUGAAAUAUUGUCACAGUCGAUCGCUUAAAGCCCACAUAUAAGAGUCAUUACUUUGUAUGUAAUAAACAGUAGUGUUUGGA